UGUCAUGUCCGCUGUGUUGGUAACUUUGGCAAGUUCCUCAGAAUUCACGGCUAUAAAGGUGUGAGUUGUUUACAGUACAUGCUGGUGACAUGCUGCUGAAAGAGAGUAGACUGUGUGUUUGAAACACGGUCAUUUCAUGAGCGCAGACUCGCUGGAUUGCUGUGGAGGCUUGAAUAACGUGGAUUACAGUCAGAUGGACAUGUCCGUGUUGGCAGACCUGACGGAGCCCCGGUUCUGCGUGGCUGUGAUCGCCAUCAUCUUCAAUCCGUUCUUCUGGAAUGUGGUGGCCAGAUGGGAGCACAGGACCAGAGGUCUGACCCGUCUGUUCGGAGGUCCAUACACGGCCUGUUAUUCCCUCGCUGUGCUCAUCCUGCUCCUCAAUGUUUACCGCAGUCACAGUAUUACAGUGGCCAUGAAGGCUCACCCUCGCUGGGAGCCGCUGGAUAACGCACAUGUGUACUACGCAGGAGCAGCUCUCAUGGCGCUGGGAUCGGUGUUUGUGAUCAGCAGCUUCAUGGCUCUGGGCGUCACUGGCACUUUCUUGGGGGACUAUUUUGGCAUCCUCAUGGAUCACAAAGUGACUGGUUUCCCCUUUAAUGUGAUGGAGAACCCCAUGUACUGGGGCAGCACUGCCAACUACCUGGGCCUGGCCUUAAUGAGCGCCAGUCCUGUCGGAGUGAUCCUGACCGCUGUGGUCGGCUUGUCCUAUAAAGUAGCGAUCGCAUAUGAAGGAGCGUUUACUGAGGAGAUCUACCGGCAGAGGAGCCAGCGCUGCAAGCACAAGUAAAGACGCUCAGAUUCCUGAAA